AUGUGGACGACGUGGCCGCGUACUAGGCGUAAGUGUUGGGGCUCAGGCUCGUCGCGCGGCGGACACGAGGCUCGUGGUAGCCGCGACGGCUUUCGUUUCAUCUAUUCGGUGGUGCUGGCGGCCUGCAUGGCGGCGCAGGAAGCCAGGAGCGCGAAAUGCCCACCCCCAGACACGAUACCCGGCUGCCCUUGCUACAAUUUCGAGGACGGUCUGUUCCUGGAAUGCGCCGGGGCCACCGAGGAGUCCCUCAGGAGUGCUUUGUCCGGCGUGAUACACGCCGCCGAGGGUGAAGGAGCCGUAGUUCAAUCGCUGAGCGUUUACGAGUUAGACAGAAAGGUGGAGGAGCUUCGAUCGGCCGCGUUUCCGCCUGGCUCUCAGAUCAGGCAUUUGCAGAUAUCGCAUUCGGCGAUCCGCGAGAUCAGCGAGGAUGCCUUCAGGCGACUGAGCAAGAGCCUGGAAUCCUUAGCGUUGGUAUCGGGUCGACUGCCUCACGUGCCGCAAAAGGCGAUGGCGACCCUGAGUUCUCUGAAAGCGUUGGACCUGGAGGCGAAUCUCGUUCACGAGCUUCCCAGUUAUAGCUUCUACGGACUGUCUCUGAUCAAGCUGAACUUGAAAGGCAAUCAGAUAAUAAAAAUAUCGGAGUACGCGUUCGCUGGACUCGAGGACACCCUGACGGACCUGGACAUAGCUGAGAAUAAAAUAAGGGUGUUUCCAAUGACGUCGUUGAGGAGACUAGAGCACCUGACGUCUCUGAGGCUUGCCUGGAACGAGGUGGCUGAGCUACCGGAGGACGGCUACUCCAGACUAGACGCUCUGAAUUUCCUCGAUCUAAGCAGCAACAACUUCAAGAAGAUCCCGCUAAACUGUUUCCGGUGCUGUCCGUCGCUAAAGACGCUGUCCCUCUACUACAACGCGGUCGAGUUCGUCGACAAGGACGCCUUUAUAUCGUUGAUCGAUCUCGAGUCCAUCGAUCUCAGCCACAACAAGAUCGUGUCUCUGGACGUGUCCACCUUCAGAGCAAACCAGAGGCUCAGGUCAAUCGAUAUGAGCCACAAUCAUAUUCACUACAUUCGCGGCGUGUUCUCGAAGCUACCCGAACUGAAGGAGUUGUUCCUGGCGGAGAACAACAUCCUGGAAAUACCGGCAGAGACGUUCGCGGGUAGUACAAGCCUAUCGGUGGUCUAUCUUCAGCAGAACGCGAUCAGGAAGAUCGACGCAAGAGGGUUGGCGACGUUGAACCAGCUCGCGCAGCUGCAUCUCAGCGGAAACUACAUCGAGAAAGUGCCGCGAGACUUUCUCGAACAUUGCGAGAACCUCUCCACCCUGUCCUUGGACGGGAACAACAUUCGGGAGCUGGAGGUGGGCACGUUCGCUAAAGCAAAGUCGCUGAGGGAGCUUCGGCUCCAGGACAAUCAGAUUACCGAAGUGAAGAGGGGCGUGUUCGCCCCUCUGCCGUCGCUGUUGGAGCUGCAUUUGCAAAAUAACGCGAUAACGGAUAUGGAAACCGGCGCCCUGAGAUCCCUCCACAGUCUCCAACACGUGAACCUUCAAGGCAAUCUCCUGGCGGUGCUGGGUGAUGUGUUCCAAGUGUCGAACGACAUGGGCCAAAACGGGAACAGCGGUAGCUCUCUUGUCUCCAUUCAGUUGGACAACAACGGCCUGGGCGUGUUGCACAAUGACUCUUUAAGGGGUCAAGCUUCCGUCAGAAUCAUGUGGCUUGGACACAACAGAUUAACCCGCCUCCAGGCGCCUUUGUUCCGGGACCUGUUGCUAGUCGAGCGAUUAUAUCUAACGAACAACUCCAUCUCGCGGAUCGAGGACACCGCCUUUCAGCCGAUGCAGGCGCUUAAAUUUCUCGAGCUCAGCAUGAAUCGAUUGAGCCACGUGACAGUGAGAACUUUCUCGGAACUGCGCGAGCUCGAGGAACUCUACCUGCAGGACAAUGGUCUUCGACGCUUGGACGCCUACGCCCUGACCGCUCUCAAGCGGCUUCGCGUGCUGGAUCUGGCUAAUAAUCAUCUGAACGUGUUGCACGACAAAAUCUUCCAAGAGGGCCUACCGAUCAGGACGCUGAACCUGAAGAACUGUACCGUCAGCGUGAUAGAGAACGGAGCCUUCAGAGGGCUAAACAAUCUUUACGAACUGAACCUCGAGCACAAUCAUCUCACUGCCACAGCGUUAAAUCGUUUGGAUAUUCCAGGAUUGAGGGUCUUGAGGAUAUCCUACAACAAUUUCAGCCAGAUCAACGGAAACUCUUUGGACGGACUCCCGUCUCUUCAGCAUCUGGCUAUGGACUCGACUCAGCUCUACACCCUGUCGCCGGAUAUAUUCGCGAAGAACAAGAAUCUGGGGAAACUGUUGCUAAGCAACAACCUGCUGCGGAAGCUGCCCAGCCUUUUGUUCCUUGGUCUAGAUUCGCUGAAAGAAGUGAAGCUCGACGGCAAUAGAUUCGAGAAUAUCCCGUACGACGCGUUCGCAAACACCACCACGGUCGAGUUCCUAUCGCUAGCUAACAAUGGAAUCGAAAACGUGGACGUAUCGCGGCUAAACGGAUUAGUCAGUCUGCGAGAACUCGAUUUGCGAGGUAAUUCGAUCAAGGGCCUGACCGGUUUCGCCGACGUGAACCUAUCCCGCCUGAUAUCCGUGGACCUUAGUCACAAUAAACUGACCGGCUUGCCAGCGAACUUCUUCAUCCGUUCGAACUUGCUGCGCAAGGUCGAACUGGCCGCCAACAACUUCGUUCAAAUACCUGCAGUCGCCCUGUCCGCUCAAAAUAUCCCCAGCCUAGCCUGGCUGAACGUCACGGCCAAUCCUCUACUCAGGAUACACGAUAUCAGUUCCGAGGCGAGGUAUCCGGCCCUCCAGGAGAUACACAUAUCGGGAACGAAUCUGACGAUCGUCACCAGCCAGGACUUCGAAGCGUUCCCAGCUCUGAUGCACCUCUUCAUGGGCAACAACAUGAUCUCGCGAGUGUCGCCAAGCGCUUUCCGAAGUUUGCUCGAACUGUUGACCCUAGACCUAAGCGUGAACAAGCUGGAGCUCUUACCCCAGGAAAGGUUGAAGGGCCUGGAGCACCUUAGAUUGCUCAAUCUGACGCACAAUCGGCUGAAAGAGCUCGAAGACUUCCCCCCGGACCUGAAAGCUCUGCAGGUGCUGGAUCUAUCGUACAAUCAGAUCAGCGGAGUUGGUAAAAGCACGUUCCAGCAUUUGGAAAACUUGGACGAGCUUCAUCUCUACGGCAAUUGGAUAUCCUCCAUCUCCCCAGACGCGUUCAAACCCCUAAAGAAGCUGAGGAUCCUGGACCUGAGCAGGAAUUAUCUAGCCAGUUUACCGUUGAACGCUUUCCGACCCUUGGAGACGCAGAUCAGAAGCCUGCGUGCCGAAGAGAAUCCACUGCACUGCGACUGCGAGUCACAGGAGCUCUGGGAGUGGCUGCGCGACCAUCAGAAGCUAGUGGGAGGCGGUGUGGGCCAGAAUAGAGGAGGACUGCGGGUGAACGACGUGGACAGCGGAGUACUGAGGUGCGAACAGCCGCCUGAGUUGAGAGGACUGGUGUUCCUAGACCUGGACCCGCACGCUUUCUGUUCCGCGCCUCUAGUUCUGAAACUAGCCAUCCAGGACAUUCAACCCUUUUCCGUCCUGGUCUCCUGGCAGAGCAGGAAUCACUCGGGUAUCCGGGGCUACCAGGUGGCCUACCACGCAAUGGAGAACGUCGACGAGAUCCGAGCAAAGAUCCUAGAGCCAAACUCGCGUUCAACGAAACUAUCCAACCUGACACCCAACAGCCGCUAUCUGAUCUGUGUGUUCGGGCUGGGCAACUGGCUGGCCCAGCGCGUGGAGGAUGACACGGUGGAACAGUUCAACUUCUCCAAUCAUGAAACGUUCGAGUUGCCGUCGGAUAUGCAGAUGACGGAAACGUCGACGAGCCGUUGCACCGAAGUAAAGACUCUGGAGGCACCGGACGCUGUGAUCAGCAGCGACGGCUCGUCGAUGGGCGACGUUGGUAGCGUCAGCAGCUUCCUGACCAGACGCCUAGGCCUGAUAGUCGGCUGUUGCAUGGGAUUCGUGGUGUUCCUGCUCCUCGUGUCCGUCCUCGGUUACCUGAAGGUGAAGAAGCAAAGGGAGACCGUAAAGAGGGAGCAACCGAUUCCACCCGAGUACAUCUCCUACAGACACUUCAGCAUACAAAGCGGGGAGGCUGGCCACACCGCCAGACAGGCCAGCCAGGAGGGUCACAACUCGAAUUUCGUCAACAGCAUAGGGACCACCAACCUGAACGUAUGAGACAAGUCGAAAAACUCCCGACUCGUGGAGGUUUCGAAUGUUUGAGUACCUGGUACGGACUGGUUGCAGCCACUCCGAACCUGACGUCAAACACGAAACGCUCACGACUCGCGGCAGUUUUU